CCCCUGGCGCUGGCGGCCGCCGCCGCCGCCCGCCCCCCCCGCGCCCUCUACACCAACCACUGGGCCGUGCGGCUGCGGGGGGGCCCCGCCGAGGCCGCCCGCCUCGCCGCCGCCUACGGAUACGUCAACCUGGGGCAGAUCGGGAGCCUGGAGAACUACUACCACUUCCACCACGGCAGGACGUUCAAGCGCUCGACGCUGAGCAGCCGGGGGCCGCACAGCUUCCUCCGCAUGGAGCCCGAGGUGGAGUGGCUGCAGCAGCAGGAGGUGAAGCGCCGGGUGAAGAGGCUCGUCCGGGGCGACCCGCAGCCGCUGCCUUUCAACGACCCCGUAUGGCCUAACAUGUGGUACCUGCACUGCGGCGAUAGGAACAGCCGCUGCCGGUCAGAAAUGAACAUCCCCGCGGCCUGGCGACGGGGCUACACGGGCAAAAACGUGGUGGUCACCAUUCUCGACGACGGCAUAGAGCGAAACCACCCCGACCUCCUGCAGAAUUACGAUCCUCUGGCGAGCUACGACGUCAACGGGAACGACCACGACCCGACGCCGCGCUACGACGCCAGCAACGAGAACAAACACGGCACCCGCUGCGCGGGGGAAGUGGCAGCGGCGGCGAACAACUCAUACUGCAUCGUGGGCAUCGCUUACAACGCACGCAUCGGAGGCAUUCGUAUGUUAGAUGGCGAUGUAACAGAUGUUGUUGAAGCGAAGUCGCUUGGCAUCAGACCCGAUUACAUUGACAUUUACAGCGCGAGCUGGGGGCCAGAUGAUGAUGGGAAGACAGUUGAUGGACCUGGUCUAUUGGCCAAGCAGGCUUUUGAGCAUGGCAUUAAAAAGGGCCGCAGGGGCUUGGGGUCCAUUUUCAUUUGGGCAUCCGGAAACGGAGGCAGAGAAGGUGAUUACUGCUCUUGUGAUGGCUACACCAACAGCAUCUACACUAUCUCCGUCAGCAGCACCACCGAGAAUGGGUACAAGCCCUGGUACCUGGAGGAAUGUGCCUCCACCCUUGCCACCACCUACAGCAGUGGAGCCUUCUACGAGCGAAAAAUAGUCACCACGGACCUGAGGCACCGCUGCACUGACGGCCAUACCGGCACCUCCGUCUCUGCCCCCAUGGUUGCUGGAAUCAUCGCCUUGGCUUUGGAAGCAAACCCCUUGCUAACCUGGAGAGAUGUCCAGCACCUGCUGGUUAAGACCUCAAGGCCAGCACACCUGCGAGCGGCCGACUGGAAGACAAACGGUGCAGGGCACAAAGUUAGCCAUCUAUAUGGAUUUGGUCUGGUGGAUGCAGAAGCUAUUGUGAUGGAAGCUAAGAAGUGGAAAGCAGUUCCCCCCCAGCAUGUCUGUGUUGGAAGCCUGGACAGGGUGCCCAAGUACAUCCGUGCUGACCACGUGGUGCGCGCCACCACCCUCACCAGUGCCUGCGCUGACCAUUACGAGCAGCACGUGGUUUACCUGGAGCAUGUUGUUGUGCGCAUCAGCAUCGCACACCCUCGUCGGGGGGACCUGCAGAUCAGCCUCAUCUCCCCUGCGGGAACCAGGUCACAGCUCCUUGCAAGAAGGGUGUUUGACCACUCUAAUGAAGGAUUCAAGGGCUGGGAGUUCAUGACUGUCCACUGCUGGGGGGAGAAGGCAGCGGGGGAAUGGACCCUGGAGAUCCACGACACCCCGUCCCAAGUGCGCAACCCCGCAGCGCAAGGGAAGCUGAAGGAAUGGAGUCUCAUUUUCUACGGGACGGCCGAGCACCCCUACAACACGCUCAGCUCCCACCACUCCCGCUCGAGGAUGCUUGAGAUCUCGGCCUCGGAGAUGGAGCCGUCAAAGGCCGCCCUCCUCCAGAGCCAGAUGGAGAUUGUGGAGGAGGAGGAGGAGUAUACAGGUCUGUGCCAUCCUGAGUGUGGCGACCAGGGAUGUGAUGGUCCCAAUGCUGACCAGUGCUUGAACUGCAUCCACUACAGUCUUGGGAGCAUGAAAAGCGGCAGAAUGUGCGUGAGCUCGUGCCCCUCAGGGUUUUUUGGCGACAAAGGUGCAAGAAGAUGCCGGAGGUGCUAUAAGGGAUGUGAGAGCUGCCUCGGGAGGGGCCCAAACCAGUGCACAGCUUGCAAGCGGAGCCUUUAUCAUCACCAGGAAAUGAACACGUGUGUGGUGCUGUGCCCACCUGGAUUUUACUCUGAGGAACGUCAGAAACGCUGUCUUAAAUGUCAUCAAAGCUGUAAAAAAUGUGUUGGCGAACCAGAUAAAUGUACUGCAUGCAAAGAUGGAUUCAGCCUGGUGGGAGAGAGCUGUGUGCCGGAGUGCCAGCCCACCACCUACCUCAGCAGGGAGCCCCGGCGGUGUGAGAGCUGCCCCGCCGGAUGCCCGGCCUGUGCAGAGCCAGGUGAGGUGGACUGCACGGCCUGCGCCCAAGAGGUCUCAGCGCCGGAGUGGCGCUGCGUCGCUGCCUGCCCCGAGGGCUUCUACCCCGGCAACAGCCACGGGCUCCCCCACAAAGUCUGCAAGAGGUGUGACGACCACUGCUUAGCCUGUGAAGGCUCCAGCGGGAAUUGUGUCAAGUGUAAGGAAGGCUACAGCCUCCUCAGCGGCUCCUGUGUGACAAAUGAGACCUGCACCAACGCUGACAAGACUUUCUGUGAGAUGGUGAAAUCAAACAAGCUCUGUGAAAAGAAGCUGUUUGUGCAGUUCUGUUGUCAGACGUGUCUUAUGGCUGGGUAAAGUUCAGCAGCUGCAUCCAGGACUUCCACCAACUGCCAGCCCAGUUUUGCCAAAUGUUUAGGACAAAAGUUUAUUUUUUCAGCUUCGGGAGAGUUUACAUGGUGCUGUCAAGCAUUCGCUUAUAAGUUUGAUAGCUUUAAUAUCACUGUUGGUGUGUUUCUAUAGCAAUAUGUUAAGCUGAGAGUGGAUCGUUCUCUGAAAGGUCAAGUCCCAAAAGGCACCAAGUAAGCGGUGAUAUUAACACUCUCAAACUCUCCUUGUGAGUAGGGACCAAUGCAUGAUCCAUGUACCCAAGCUUGGUUCUUCGCAGAAAUCCUGCUGAUUUACCCAUUCAGAGUGGCUGGCAGGAGCCCACACUGCAAAGGAUGCGAGACUUCACCUGUUGGCGAAGGAAGAGCCUUUUGUGCAUCAACUCUCGGUAGCCUCUUCUGCUAGGCGACAACCGACACAAAUCCGCAUUACAAAAGAGCAGCGCCUGUGUUCUGUACAUAUGUAAAACGAUGAAUUGGGUAGUCUGCCAGACUAGUGCUCUAAAGCCAGCUCUGGGACUCCUUUUCAGAUUCAGUCAUUAGCUGUUUCUCUCUGGCCAUGAACAGGGCAAUAACUGGAGAUUUGAGGACCAAAGGAGAGCUGAUCUAAAUAACUUUGCAGGCCUGUUAGCCCAGCAAGUCCGUCAGGGCUUUGCUCAGUGUGCUAGGGCACGCAAGCAAAACUCCUGUGCCUACACGAGUCCUGUGGACUCAGGGCGGGGGGGGGGGGGGUCCGUCCACAUGGAUCAGCCUGUGGGAUCCCAGCCUUAUCACUACAUGUAUUUUCCUUCUGAAACUGCUAGUAAAUUGUUGAUUAAGUUCUUAACUGAGCUAGAUCCUUCCUCUCUGAGCUAAACGAGAUAGUUUCCUCGUUCAUAUCUUCCAGCAUCUUGCAUUGUGAUCCUUCCCAUGUUUUUGCUGGGUAUACUCAACUCUCAAAAAAUCCUCCUAUUCACAGCAGUGAUUUUUCUUGAGCAUCCAUUUCCAAAUGGAGAUAUUCCAGAGAUCCAGCCAGGAAAGUCUAAAUACUACGAAACCCUCCCACAAAACAAACUUUUUCAUGCUCUCUCUUAAUAGUAUGUCAGGUGGUGUUUAUAUAAUUGUGUUUAAAAUAUCCUUGGCUAUGUUGUUUUACAGAUUUUUUUUAAAAAAUAACUUAUACAGUCCUUGUUUUUCUCCAUAGAUUAUUUUUUGUAUGGGGAGCGGGGAAUCUUUUGUCUUACAUCCUUCUCUUUGCAGCCUCUCUCCAACCUUGCGGAGAUGCUCUUUUCACCAGACAUAUGUAAACAAUUAUUUCCUAUGCUGCAUGUUCUGAUUUUCAUUGUUAAUAGUUUUAACAAGUUAAACCUUUUGCCAAUGAAAUUCACAGUACAAACUGUCACCAGUUCCUUUUGGAGCUGGCAUAAUCCCUGCUUGGUUUUGGUUGCAAUGAUGCACACCCUGCCUGGGCUUGCCCACCAGAGCUUACCUUGGCCAGGUGAAGAGGAGAGAGACAAACUGUCAACGGUCCUAACCUGAGUGGACCAAAACCAAGUCAAGAUGGAGCUUUGGUGAACUGACCUUUACAUUAAUAAACUAUUGAUCUCCCCUGACAAA